AUGUUUAAAACUGGUCGCAAAAUACUAUUGCAGUAUAAAGUCCUAAGAUUGCAUCACAAAAUGAACACCAACAAACCAUUUACUGUAUUAGUUGAGGGUAAUAUUGGCAGCGGCAAAACGACGUUCUUGGAACAUUUUCGUCAAAUUGAGGACAUUACGCUUCUAACCGAGCCUGUGGAAGAAUGGAGAAAUCUGCAAGGAUGGAAUUUAUUAGAUUUAAUGUACAAGGACCCAGCAAAAUGGGGAAUGACUUUCCAGUCUUACGUUGCUCUUACCAUGCUGGACAUGCACCGUAGAUCAACCCCAACACCUAUUAAACUCAUGGAGCGAUCAUUGUACAGUGCAAGGUAUUGUUUUGUUGAGCAUAUGCACAGAAGUGGAAUUCUACAUCCAGCACAAUUUGCAGUACUUGACGAGUGGUUCAAAUUUAUACACAACCAAAUACAGCUUGAUGUAGAUCUUAUAGUGUACCUUAAAACUACACCAUCAGUAGUUUAUGAAAGAAUAAAGAAGCGAGCAAGAUCAGAAGAGCAGUGUGUCCCAUUAUCUUAUAUUGAGGAGCUGCAUAAGCUGCAUGAAGACUGGCUUGUUACACGACAACAUGCAGAAUGUCCAGCUCCUGUUUUAGUUUUAGAUGCUGACUUAGAUUUGUCUCAAAUAACUGAAGAAUACAAGAAGAGUGAACACCAGAUAUUGAGAAAGGCUGUGGAUGUUGUGAUGAGAUCUCCAAAUAAACUUAGUCCAAAGAAACCAAUUACAACAUCUCCUAUAUCUAUUAUACCACAGCGAAGAAUAUUAUAA